CGGGGGUGCGGGUGACUUUUUCUUUGCUCCGCCCCGAUGCGCGCAGACACGCCGGAAUCGGAGCUCUGCAGCGCGCGAGAAGGAGAGCGGAGAAGUGUUAACGCGACACGUAGAGACAGAAAUUACAUGUUGCUGACCAGCCCACUGAUCAGCAGGAUGAGCAACGCAGGAACAGUGGAGUCCUCCAAACCUCCAAAGAUCGGCUCCGUAGUGGAGGUGACGGGGAAGGGUCAGCGCGGUACUGUUGCCUACAUCGGUGCCACCCUCUUUGCCUCUGGGAAAUGGGUGGGCGUCAUACUGGAUGAUGCCAAGGGCAAGAAUGAUGGCACCGUGCAGGGGAAACGCUACUUCACCUGUGAGGAGAACCACGGGAUAUUUGUCCGACAGUCUCAGCUCCAGGUAGUGGAAGAUGGCUCCGGCGCCACCUCACCAGAUACUUCUGAAUCCGGCACCUCAAAGAUACCCAGACAGAGAGACAUUCCUGAGACUCCACGGACAUCCAAGCUGACACCUGCGAGCGUUAAGAAGUCCUCUACCCGUCGCUCUGCCAAGCUGAGUUCUCAAAGUCCUAACGGUCUGUCUGCACUGCGUCAGUGGAACACUCCAAGUCGUCUCACACCUGCCACCUCCCUCCCCUCCCUCUUGGGACGGCCCUCCGGUCGCUCCAGCCUCAUGGCGUCCCGUGAGAGCCUGACGUCCCCUCUGUCCGGUGAUGUCAGCGAAGCCAGCCCGCCCCCCAACCCGGGGGCGCUGGCGGCUCCUGUUGUACCUCAGCCCGGCGGGUCGCCUGCAGCAGUGGCGGCCCCGGUCCCGGCUCCUCUAAGCAAGGUGGAACUUGCCCUUUUCAAGCAGGACGAGGAGUCAAUGCGAGCUCAGGUCAAGGACCUGGAGGAGAAGCUGGAGACGCUGAAGAUGAAGCGGGCGGAGGACAAAGCCAAGCUGAAAGAGCUCGAGAAACACAAGAUCCAGCUGGAGCAGCUCCAGGAGUGGAAGACCAAAAUGCAGGAGCAGCAGGCGGAGCUGCAGAAACAACUCAAAGAGGCCAAGAAGGAUGCCCGCGAGGCACAGGAGUCCAAGGACCGCUACAUGGAGGAGAUGGCGGACACGGCGGACACCACAGAGAUGGCCACGCUGGACAAAGAGAUGGCCGAAGAGCGAGCAGAGUCCCUGCAGUUGGAGGGGGAGACGCUGAAGGAGAGAGUGGAGGAGCUCUCCAUGGACUUGGAGAUCCUUAGACAUGACAUUUCAGAGAAAGGCUCGGAUGGAGUCGCCUCAAGUUACCGCGUCAAACAGCUGGAGGAGCAGAACGGCCGCCUGAAGGAGGCCUUGGUUCGCAUGCGUGACCUGUCUAUGUCCGAGAAGCAGGAGCACGUGAAGCUGCAGAAGCAGAUGGAGAAGAAGAACACAGAGCUGGAGACUCUGAGGACUCAGAAGGAGAAACUCCAGGAGGACGUGAAGCAGGCGGAGGCCACCAUCGACGAGCUCAAGGAGCAGGUGGACGCUGCUCUGGGCUCAGAGGAGAUGGUGGAGACCCUGACGGAGAGGAACCUCGACCUGGAGGAGAAAGUCCGAGAGCUGAGAGAAACCGUCACUGAUUUGGAGGCCAUCAACGAGAUGAACGACGAGCUGCAGGAGAACGGCCGCGAGACGGAGAUGGAGCUGAGGGAGCAGGUGGAUCUGAGCGCAGCGACGGUCCGAGAGGCUGAAAAACGCGUGGAGGCGGCCCAGGAGACCGUCGCUGACUACCAGCAGACCAUCAACAAGUACAGAGAUCUGACCACCAGCCUCCAGGAGGCCAACAUGGAGCUGAUCAGCCAGCAGAACGUGAACGCCGAGGUUCAGCAGCCGCCCGCCGAACUGUUUGACUUCAAGAUUAAGUUUGCAGAGACCAAGGCGUACGCCAAGGCCAUUGAGAUGGAGCUGAGGAAGAUGGAGGUGACCCAGUCCAACAGACAGGUGUCCCUCCUCACCUCCUUCAUGCCGGACUCCUUCCACCGCCACGGCGGAGAUCACGACUGCAUCCUGGUGCUGCUGCUCAUCCCCAGGCUCAUCUGCAAAGCGGAGCUGAUCAGUAAACAGGCCCAGGAGAAGUUUGACUUGAAUGGGAACUUGGCCCCGGGAACCGGGCUGCGGGGGCCUCCAGGAGAGCAGCGCAGCUUUGCGUCCGGCCUGGUCUACUCCCUCAGCCUGCUGCAGGCCACGCUGCACAAAUAUGAACAGGCUCUGAAUAGCUGCAGCGUUGAGGUUUUUAAGCGCAUGGGUACCCUCUACACUGAGAUGAACUUCCACGAGCGCUCUCUGGAUUAUUUCAUCGACCUGCUGCACAAAGAUCAGCUGGAUGAGACGGUUCAGGUGGAGCCGCUGACCAAGGCCAUCAAGUACUAUCAGCAAUUGUACAGCAUCCACCUGGCCGACCACACUGAAGACUGCACCGUGCAGCUGGCCGACCACAUCAAGUUCACCCAAAAUGUCCUGGACUGCAUGGGCGUGGAGGUCGCCCGUCUGCGGGCCUUCAUGGCGGCGGGUCAGGAGAGCUCCGGCCUCGCCGUCCUUCUGAAGGACCUGGACACCUCCUGCUCCGACAUCAAACAGUUCUGUAAGAAGAUCCGCCGCCGCAUGCCUGGAACCGAUGUCGCCGGAGUACCCGCCGCUCUCAGCUUUGCACCACAGGUGUCGGAGUCGCUGACGGAGUGCCGGCGCCACCAGACCCGCGUGGUGGCGGUGCUGCAGGAAGUGGCUGCGGCGGGCGCUCAGAUGAUCGCCCCGCUGGCGGAGCAGGAGGGGCUCAACGCUCUGAAGCUGGAGGACGUCGCCUUCAAGGCGGUGGAGCAGGUGUACGGUUCUCAAGGCCUCAACGGCCCGGAGUGUCUGCGUCAGUCCUGCAGCUCCAUCAUCACCACCAUGAACAAGAUGGCCACCGCCAUGCAGGAGGGAGAGUACGACGCUGACAAGCCACAGGCCAAGAAUCAUCCGGUGGAGAAGAGAGCGUCCACCGUCAGGGCCGAGAUGACCGACGCCGAGGGUCUGGGGGUCAAACUGGAAGACAGAGAGGCCGUCGUCAAGGAGGUCAAGAAGUCGCUGAAGAUCAAGGGGGAGGAGCUGAGCGAGGCCAACGUCCGCCUGAGCCUGCUGGAGAAGAAGCUGGACACCUCCACCAAGGACGCCGACGAGCGGGUGGAGAAGAUCCAGACCAAACUGGACGAGAACCUCGCCCUGCUGAAGAAGAAAGAAAAGGAGUUUGAGGAGACGAUGGACGCCCUGCAAGCGGAUAUCGACCAGCUGGAGGCGGAGAAGGCGGAGCUUAAACAACGCAUCAAUAACCAAUCGAAGAUGACCAUCGAAGGCCUGAGAGCCACGCCCGCCUCCGGGAUAGCCUCCGUCGUUCAGGCGUCCUCAGGAGCCGGUGUCGCUCCAGCCCUGGCUGGACCGGUGCAGGUGGUGGACUCUCCUCUCCUGAGGCAGCAGGUCGAGGCCCAGAGGAUGGGCAUCAAACACCUCAAGAACGAAAACAACAGACUCAAGGCGGAGAAGAUGAGAGCCCAGCUGGCCUCCCUGCCGCCCCUCUGCCCCCCCAAACUACCAAAAGCCUCCAAGGACCCCUCCAUGCCACCGGAGGGACUCAACACCGGCAUCUACCGCAGGACCGACCAGCUGCUGGCCACCCUGCUCAAGCUGAGCUCAGAGGUCAAGGUGGUGGACAUCACAGGGAAGACGGCAGUGAGCGCCGGUGCACAGCUGCUGGAGCAGACGGCCCGGCUGCAGUACCUCAGCGACGCUCUGGACAAACUCAAGGGAGAAGUGGCCGAGCACGUCGUCUCCAGUCAGUCUGGGGCGAAGGCUUCCUCGGACUUUGCCACCUUCCCGGUGUCCUGUUUCGUGAAGGCCAAGGAGGAGAAGCAGGGCGGGACCGUGCUCGUAGGACGUGUGGCCAUCCCAUGCACUCGUGGACAGGAACAGGUGCAUCGCCUCGUCCUCUCCCAGCAGCAGCUGAAGGAAGUGCACCGCCUCCUCAUGACCUGAGGAGCCGACGUCAGCGCACGCCGGGCUUCUGCUCUCCUUCGAUUUCCAGCAUUCUCUUAUUUAUCUUUUUUGCUAUUCACUGUUCUCAGGAAAUGGUAUCCAGUCGUUUCAAAGUAACACCUCCAGCACUAACGAGGCAGAGCAGUGACUCCAUAUGGAUGUAAACAUGACGCUGUUGAGGGAACUAACUGAAUUUAGUCCAGUGUCACAUUUUGAAGGUGUUUUAACUGAAACUCUUUGGGAAUAGGAGAAAUCUAGCAACGUCACUUUACUGUACGCUCACCCGUUGAUGGUUUGUCUCGUAUCUUUUGUAUUUGUGAUAAUUCCAGACAAUAAAAGCAAUUCACUUUAGAGCAAGAAA